AUGUACAGACAGUUUGUUCUGUCAAUCCUGCUUGCAGGCGUCCUGUGCCUGGUGGGCGGCGACACCCGCAAGACCCGCCUCCAAGGCUCCAUCCCCAACCCUUUCAAAGGGAACGGCAACAAACGCACCCGUAAACAGGAAAUACUUGCCUCCAGCCAGGAAGCGCUGGUCGUCACAGAGAGGAAGUACCUGAAGAGUGACUGGUGCAAGACCCAGCCGCUGCGUCAGACGGUGAGGGAGGAGGGCUGCCUCAGUCGUACCAUCAUCAACAGGUUCUGCUACGGACAGUGUAACUCCUUCUAUAUCCCACGACACGUUAAGACGGAGCAGGAGUCCUUCCGGUCCUGUGCUUUCUGCCGGCCGCAGCGUUUCACCACGCUGACCGUAGAGCUGGACUGUCCCGACCUCCAGCCACCCUUCAGGCACCGCAAGAUCCAGAGAGUCAAACAGUGUCGCUGUAUAUCGGUCUCCGUCGGUGACUCUGGGAAGUGGUGAUACUCGUCUCCCUCCUGCUUCUCUCUCUCUCUUUUUUUUAUCAUCUUGGACCACCCCUAGAUACUGUCCAGAUAUUCCGCUCACCUCACAGGAGACAGUUUGUACAAGACUCGAGUACAUGGAGGGUGAGGACAUGCAUUUUUACCGACGGCACAUAGAAUGAAAGCAUAAAAGCUGAAGGGGCCACACUCUCUUUAGAAGUACAGAGCAUGACGGACGUUUCCAUAGAGCAGCUCUGUGUUGAUCAUACCAAGCACUCUAUAUGAGACAAACUGACAUUUCUACAACCCAGACCGAUUAAACACAUACACUCUGUAGUUCAAAGAUGGUGGAUAAAUGAAGAUGUCUUACUCAGGCGGGUUUACCGUUAAAAACAAAAAAUGGUCACAAUUCCAGACUGUUUAAGGAAGUGCCUUUCCAAUAGACAACAAUGUGAUAGCAACUGAGUCUGGUCCACUUAGUUCAUUGACUGUAUAUGAACCCGGGGGGAAAAAGCAGAGUGGGACAUCUCACUUCCUCUACCGUCUCUGCAGAAGCAGACUUACCUGGACCACAGGUCUCC